GUGCCAUGCUUGUGUGCUGCGGCGUUCCUCGCGACGCUCUGCGGGCUGGCGUUGGCGGCGCUCCUCAUGGCGCGAGCCGUCACGAGGCUGGCGGCAGCGGCCGCGCUGCUGGCAUGGCUCCUCGCCCGAUGGUACAUGCUGCCAGCCGGCUCUGCCCAGGAGUCCCUGUUACUGGGCCAGUUUCCAGGCGUGACCGAGUCGCUGCUGGCGGCGUCCGUGGCGGCGACCCCUUAUUGGGCGCUGGUCUGCACGGUGCCCCCCCUGGUCCUGCUGGCGAGCCGCUCCCUGCGCCGGGCGGCGGAGAUCUACCUGACCGCCGCCAUCCCCAUCUCGCUCUACUGGUCCGCCGCCAAGCUGGUCUGGAUCCUGCGGCUGUCGGACGACACAGCCACCCAGGUCGUCUACAGCGAGCUCGACCGCCUGGUGGCGCCGUAUCUCACUGAGCGCUUCCUCUCGCUCGGAGGGCUCUUCGUGAAGCUGGGGCAGUGGAUGGCCUCCAUGUCCACAGGCGUCCCAGUGGUGUGGCAGAAGCAGCUGUCGCGGCUUACAGACAGCACGCCUGCAGACAGCGAGGCGCAUGUGCGCACGACCAUCAAGCAGGAGUUCGGACGACCUCUGGAGGAGCUCUUCAGCAGCUUCGACACCGCGCCCAUCGCCUCAGCGAGCAUCGCGCAAGUCCACCGCGCCGUGCUGCGCGGCGGCGACGGCUGCCCCAUCGCGGUGAAGCUGCAGCACUGCGGGGUGGAGGAGUCGAUGCGGUCAGACCUGAAGGCGCUGCGCAAGAUCAUUCGGUUCAGCACCUGGCUGGGAGGCGAGGCGUACGUUAGCAUGAAGGCUGUCCGGAGGCGGUCUUCGAGUCGCGGCCGUCUGAGGUUCCGGGAUGGCGCCGGAAGACCUCUGCGCGCGCGGUUCAUUCGCUGA